GCUUAGACAAGUUAAAAGUAUAAAACGUAAAAUAUGAUUAGUCAGUCUCUCUUGGAUUGUAGGCAAAACAAAAUAUCAAACACAUGCUCGUCGUACUAAUUACCAAAAUUGGAAACACAAUGUCAAUGGCAGCAACUUUCUCUCCAGAACCAAUCUUUUCCUUCAUAGAAAUGGCCAAUACCAUUUCCGAACUCCACCAAUCUCACGCUUUCCUGCUCAAAUCCGGCCUCUUUCGUAACCCUUUUGCCGCUAGCCGCCUCUUAACCAAAGCCACUACACUUCCCACUUCUUCCUCCGUCGACACCCUUUCAUAUGCUCUUUCCAUUUUCACUCACAUCGAAGAACCUAACUCAUAUACCUACAACACUAUCAUCCGUGCUUAUUCCACUAGCUCUUUUCCGCAACUCUCGCUCAUAAUCUUCCUCAAAAUGUUAAAUGCUGUACAUAAAGUUUUCCCUGAUAAGUACACUUUUACAUUCAUUGUAAAAGCUUGUGCUACUAUAGGAAAUGCUAAACAAGGUGAACAAGUUCAUGGUUUAGUGACAAAAAUUGGACUUGAGGAAGAUGUGUAUGUGUAUAACACUUUAAUUCAUAUGUAUGCGAAAUGUGGGUGUUUUGGAGUUUCGCGUGGUAUGAUUGAUGGGUUGGUUGAAGAUGACGUUAUAGCAUGGAACGGGUUGUUGAGUGUGUUUGCUGAAAGGGGGUUGUUUGAGUUGGCAAGAGAGUUGUUUGAUGAAAUGCCUGUGAAGAAUGUUGAAUCUUGGAACUUUAUGGUUUCUGGUUAUGUGAAUGUUGGGCUGGUGGAUGAAGCAAGGAAAGUGUUUGAUGAAAUGUUGGUGAAAGAUGUUGUUUCGUGGAAUGUUAUGAUUACUGGGUAUACUAAGGCUGAUAGGUUUGCUGAAGUUUUGGCUCUUUUUGAGGAUAUGCUGAGAGCUAAAGUGAAGCCUGAUAAUUGUACACUUGUGAAUGUGCUGUCUGCUUGUGCUGGUGUUGGAUCUCUGAGCCAGGGAAAGUGGAUUCAUGCUUAUAUCGAGAGGAACGGGAUCGAGGUUCACGAUUUCCUUGCUACUGCUCUUGUAGAUAUGUAUUGCAAAUGUGGAUGUAUUGAGAAAGCUCUGGAGGUGUUUAUUGGUACUUCGAGAAAAGAUAUUAGUACUUGGAAUGCAAUGAUUGCAGGGUUAAGCAACCAUGGGUAUUUGGAUGAUGCAUUAAAGACUUUUGAUGAACUCAUUGCUGAUGGUAUUAAGCCCAAUGAGGUCACUUUUGUAAGCGUUUUGUCUACUUGCAGUCAAGGGGGCUUAUUAAGCGAGGGGCGCAGGAUUUUCGAUCUCAUGAUUAGUGAAUAUAGAAUUCAGCCUACGCUCGUGCAUUAUGGUUGCAUGGUUGAUUUACUUGGCCGGUUUGGAUUAUUAGAGGAGGCUGAAGAACUCUUAAGCAGAUUGCCAGUGAAAGAAGCUCCUGCAAUUUGGGAGUCCCUGUUGAGUGCUUCCAGAAGCCACAAUGAUGUUGAAUUGGCAGAGCGCAUCGCUACCAAACUUUUAGAGCUUGAUCCCCACGACAGUGCUGGUUAUGUUCAACUAUCAAAUGUCCUUGCAUCUAUGGGGAGAUGGGAUGAUGUUAGGGAAGUGCGGAGGAAGAUGAGAAGUGAGGGAGUGACUAAAGAGCCCGGUUGUAGCAUGAUUGAAGUGGAUGGAGUUGUUCACGAGUUCUUGGCUGGUGAAGGGAUAAUACUGUAACAUGGACAAAAGACUUCUUGUGCAUUCUGAUUCAAAUUCUUCUUCAGACAAUUCAUCAGCUUCUUCCUCCAGAUUCAGAGAUUCAAACAUGUAAGUUUCCUCG